CGGUGCGGGGAGAGCCGUGUCACGGUCACACCCCCCCGCAGCACGGCAGCAGCUUCCCCACCCAAACCCUGGGCCUCUGCGGUUCCUCAUUUCUUUUAACUGGAAUGUUUCUGCCCUUAAAAAAAAACCCCAGACAAACAACAGUCAUCCCUUUGACCGCGUGCUUUUUGGUUUGUGCUUCUGCUCUGAAAGAAAGAGCAAACUUGCUGCCUUUGUUUCUGAUUAACGUUGGAAGGUUCUGCACCAAAACUAGUUGUGGACUGUCUUGAUGACAGGACAAGGAGGCAGGUUAUUCCAUUCGAGGAAAAUGGGAUCAAAACACAUUACACAGGAAACAUUUGAUGAUGCAGUGCAAGAAAACAUCACAGAAUUUGAAAUGGAUCCAGAGGAGGCUGUGAGAGAAGCUGUGCAGCAGUUUGAGUCCCAAGGUGUCGACCUAAGCAAUAUUGUGAAGGCUGUGAGGCAGCCUGCCUCUGAGAAUGGGCAAAAGCAUGAAAUUUUGCUGACUUUGGAUUCCCUUGGGAGAGCCGUGGCUGCCUCGGACCUGGCGGGGCUGGCGGAGCAGCUGGAGGCCCUGGCAGAGCAGUGCAGGGAGCAGCUGCCGUCCCGCUACCUGGCUGGGCAGAACGGGGCCUACCCUGUGGUGUUCUCUGCCUGCCAGUUGGCUUCAGGAGACAGAGAUUUAAUGCUGAAAGCCUUUUGCACCUUGUCUGCCAUCCUGGAUGGGCAGCCAGACCUGCUGGACUCGGCUGGCCAGGAUCUGCUGCUCCAAACCCUGCAGGAGCACAGGGAGGACGCGGAGGUGACGCUGGCGGGGAUCCGGUGCGUCCGGCACGCGUGUCUGAAACACGAGCAGAACCGGCAGGACUUUGUGAAGGGAGGGAUUCUCCCUCUCCUGACUGGAGCUAUAACCCAGCACGGAGACAGUGCUGACCUGGUCCGGACAGCCUCCUCAGCCCUCAGGGUGAUGACGUUUGAUGAUGACAUCCGAGUGCCCUUUGGUCACGCUCAUGAUCAUGCCAAAAUAAUUGUGUUGGAGAACGAUGGGUUGAGAGUCCUCAUUGAAGCUGCAAAAGCUUUCACAGAUAACUUCAGUGUUCUCAGUGAGCUCUGUGCCACCCUUUCUCGCCUCUCUGUCAGGAAUGAGUUCUGUCAAGAAAUUGUGGACCUUGGUGGCUUAAAUUUUAUGGUGACUCUCCUGGCUGACUGCAUUGACCACCCGGACGUGGUGAAGCAGGUGCUGAGCGCCCUCCGCGCGGUCGCGGGGAAUGACGACGUGAAAGAUGCUAUUGUUGCUGCUGGGGGAACAGACCUCAUCGUGCUGGCCAUCAGCCAUCACCUCUCCAACCCUCAGAUCUGUGAGCAAGGCUGUGCAGCCCUGUGCAUGUUGGCUCUGCGCAAGCCCGAGAACUGUCAUGUCAUCAUGGAAGGUGGUGGAGCUCUGGCAGCCCUGCAGGCCAUGAAGGCACACCCACGGGAGGUGGCAGUACAGAAACAGGCCUGCAUGCUGAUCCGUAACCUGGUCUCCCGCAGCCGGGACUUUUCUCAGCCCAUCUUGGAGAUGGGAGCUGAGGACCUGAUCACAGAAGCUCGUGCAACACACAAGGACUGUGACGAUGUGGCCAAAGCUGCCCUGAGGGAUCUGGGCUGCAAAGUGGAGCUGCGGGAGCUGUGGACAGGUCAGAAGGGAAGUCUUGCUCAGUGAAUCCUCUCUCUGCAGUGGAGCUUCAAGACAUCUACAUCCGUGAAAUAUAAGGGGAGGGGGGGAACCAAAGUGGCGUGGAUUAACUUGCAGUUACAUCUGGAAAAUCUGAAGCAAAUGCCUGGCUUGUGAGGCUGCAGUGAAGUUGUUCUUGGGAGCUACAGCUGAAAUGGCUUUAUGCAUUCACAGGCUGCAAAUCAGCUCUGUAAUCAUCAUUCCCCCAGUCAUCUAAUGCCUGCAGAUGAUCUGCUCCCCACUUCUGUUGUGUAUGUUCCUUGUGUUGCAGAACGGGGCUGUUCCCACCUGCUCUGUUCUGAACAGUAAGAGCAAAAGUGGAUCUUUCCUGGUAGGAGUUUGGUACCUACUGUGGCAGCUGGUUCUGAUUUUGUUUCUCUGCUCUCAGGGCCCAUGGAGGCCUGAUCCGGUAACGGGCUGGAUGAGGAGGAAUCUCAUCAUUUGCAAAUGUGUUCUGUCCUUUUGUCCUGUUCUACUGGUAUUUUAGUGCUGCCCAUGUUCUGUGUUGCUGCUUUCUUUUGGAUUUUCGGCCAACCCAACAUUUUAAACAGAAGCAAAGGAAGGAUUUUGGGUUGUAUGGCCCAAAGCAACAUGCUUUAUGUCACCGUUUGAAUCCAGGAGGAAAGUUCAUGUUUCUUUCAGUGAGACUGGACAAGUCAGGGACUGUUACAGUGAGGAUGGUAGUUUCAAAGCAGGAAAAAACUGGCGGUGAAGCAGGAGUCCAGCACAGGGAGCCUGGGCUUUGAUUUUAUCUUGGCAGGAUGGUGCUUCAUGAAUCCAGGAGUGCUGGAACUGUAACCAAGAGGCUGUGAGCCUUGUGAAGACAGCUGAGGACUUGGGGGCAAAACCAGAGAGCUGAAACAUCCACACAGGCUCUGAAGUCUCAGCUAAAGGCUUCUGUGUAACCCUGGUGGUUCUGGGCGUUGUGUUACCAGCCCUGCUCUGGUGCUGAACCUUCUUCCUGUGCUGCUGCUGAUAUUGUACUUGAGUGGAUGUUUUCUGAUGUGAUAUUUGCUGUAGAAAUGGUGACCUUAUAAAAUAUCAAAAUGUACAAAA